AUGGAUGAAGGUCUUUACCUUCAGCCUUCCCUUUUCCACAGUCAUAAUGACACAGAUCAUAAGGAGGACAGCCCUGUGAGUAACAACUUUUCCACAACUCUGGGCGCCGUCAUCCUUGGUUUGGUCUUCCUCCUGGGUGUUCCUGGCAACCUCUUCGUCAUCUGGAGCAUCCUGGCACGCACUCGACGACGCUCAAUCACCACCAUCCUCAUCCUCAACCUGGCGUUUGCCGAUGGCAUCCUCAUGGCCCUCACCAUCUUCUUCAUUAUCUACCUGGCCAAGCGGACAUGGAUCUUUGGUCUAUUCAUGUGUAAAUGUCUGUUCUACCUGUGCAACUCCAACAUGUACGCCUCCAUCUUUCUGAUCACACUGAUGAGCCUGCACAGGCUGGUGUCCGUGGUGUUUCCCAGCAGAGUGUCCUCCCUGGCCAGCAGGAGGAUUGUGAGGAGACUAAUUGUGGGCAUGUGGGUGCUGGUGAUGGUCAUUUCUCUCCCUUCACUGCUGUUUCGGGGCGUGACAACGAACACAGCUGAGAAGAAUUUCACACGCAUGGUUUGUGCGCCUAAGCACACCCUGUCCCGAAAUGUGAGGUUUCAGUAUACCUUGGAGACAGUGGCGGGAUUCAUUCUUCCUUAUGCACUCAUCAUCACCAGCUACGCCCUCAUCAUGAGACGCCUGAGGCAGACCAAGUUUGGCCGAAAGAUCCGCAGUGAGAAACUCAUCCUGGCUAUUGUGGUGACAUUUGGCAUUUUCUGGCUGCCAUACCAUGUUGUCAACAUGAUACAGGUGGCGGCUGAGUGGUACCCACAGGAUUCACCCACAAAAGAAAGGUUGGACCACAUCUCUCAGGCCUGUCGUGCAGUGACCUCAGCUCUGGCCUUCAUCAGCAGCUGUGCCAACCCGGUCCUUUACACCUUCACUGCAAAAUCCUACAUCAAGCGGGACGGCUUCGCUUUCAUGGCUAAGCUCUUUGAGGCCACAUUGGACCAAAUAGGAAACAAAAAGGGUCGGGUCAUGGGCAAAGACAGUGUGGGAACUAUAAAUGUUGACCUCAUAGCCACACGAGAUUCCUCUAGAUAA